AAUAGUAUAGGAAUGUGGAAUGCGUAGAAAUACCAGUGGUUUUGUGUUACGCUCAUUUUCUCUGCAGGCUGUGAAGGUGUGCCAGAGGCAGGUUUAUUACCCUCAGCAUGGAGCAAAGUCCGCCAGCAGGCCUCCACGCUGCACCAGCUGUUCAGCCUGUCCCUCUCUUCGUCCCCGGGGCGUCCACACCUGGAGUACCCUGCUCUCGGUCUGGACCAUGAAUGUUUCAGGUUUUCACCUGGAGACCCCCCAGUCCUCAACCGCACACCCUGCUGGAAACACUCAGGACGUGACAAUGCAGGAGAGACCAUCCACCUCUGAGGAGAUGAAACCGGACCCUGAUAUUCAUGCAGCGCCAGACGAAGCCUGUCCUGUGUGUGGUGACCGAGUGUCUGGAUAUCACUAUGGACUGCUGACCUGCGAGAGCUGCAAGGGAUUCUUCAAGCGCUCUGUGCAGAAUAACAAGCACUACACCUGCACCGAGAGGCAGAGCUGCCCCAUGGACCCAGCGCAGAGGAAGAGAUGCCCUUACUGCCGAUUUCAGAAGUGCCUGGCUGUGGGCAUGAAGAGAGAGGCUGUGCGGGCAGACCGAAUGAGGGGCGGACGAAACAAAUUCGGACCUCUGUAUCGACGGGACAGGCAACUGAAACAGCAGAGAGGAGGAUAUCACCAAGCAAACAUUGGUCCCUACAGGAUCAAACUGGAGGGACCGCGAGCACCUUUACAACCGCACGAGUUCCACCUUCUGCCUGGCGCUUUCGCAGCUCCGCUAGGCUCUGACCCCUUUCACCAAUCGCACGCUCUUCCACCCAGCAUCAGCCAACCAGAGCUCAUGGUCCUGGACUGCACAUUAAACAGAGAUGGUGCAUUGACUGCUCCUUCGCUCCCCUGUGCUGGACUCUACCACACCAGUUUCCAUGGUUUCCCUCAGGAGAAAAGAGAGAUGCCUUUCAGCUAUGGUCCUGCUACACUGUGCACUAUUUCCACACCUGUGCUCACUCCCAGCUCCACCCACACACUGGUGUCAACUCCUACUUCAGAUCCAACAUCGUCCCUGUUCCUGACCCCAACCCUGACCCCUGACCCCCCCUCAUCCAACACAGGCUUCCUGAGUGAGCUGCUGCAGGGAGAACCAGAGGAGACACAGGUCUGUUCACGAGUGGUGGCCAGCCUGCUGAAAGAGCAAGCCAGCCGAGGAAAACACGACCGUCUCAACACUUUUAGCAUCAUGUGCAAAAUGGCCGACCAGACUCUGUUCGGACUGGUGGAGUGGGCGCGCAACUGUGCACUGUUUAAAGAACUCAAGGUGGAGGAUCAGAUGGUGCUGCUGCAGAGCUGCUGGAGUGAGCUGCUGGUUCUGGAUCAUCUGUGCCGCCAGGUGGCUUAUGGGAUAGACGGUAGCAUCUAUCUGGUCACAGGGCAGAAGAUUGAUGUGUCGACUGUGCUUUCGCAGGCGGGGGUGACGCUGAGCAGUCUGGUGUCCAGAGCACAGGAUUUAGUGUCCAAGCUCAGGGCUCUUCAUCUGGACAGACAGGAGUUUGUGUGUCUCAAAUAUCUUGUGCUGUUCAACCCAGAUGUGAAGUCAGUGCAGGACCGCAGGCAGGUGGAGCGCACUCAGGAGCGAGUGAACAGGGCUCUGAUGGAGCACACGCUGCACACACACCCAGGCCAGUCGGAUAAAUUCGGCCAGCUUCUGCUCCGGCUGCCUGAAGUGCGCAGCAUCAGCCUGCAGGUGGAGGAGUACCUGUACCAGCGCCACCUGCUGGGGGACCUGCCCUGUAACUCCCUGCUGACCGAGAUGCUGCACGCCAAACACACCUGACACGAUAAUGAAGCGCAUCCUGUGCAGAGGAUUAAAGCAAAUCCAUUGUGCACGUUCUUCCCCAUCAACUGGUUUUCUGUACCAUCAUCAGUGUUUAUUAGAGCUUUACUUACUCUAAAGUCAACAGCUUUGACUCAGUGCAAGAAUUUUAAAAAAAUUUAAAAACCCCACUUUAACUGACCGUAUUGUUAAACAUUCCUGCAGUCAAAAUAAAGCCCUGAAAUUAUAGUCAUAUGCUUUGGUGUUUUACAUUCACAGAAUUGCAUGCAAGUGAAAUGAAAACGUGUGUAUGGAACAAGGACACAUGAAUAAAUUGAUUCAUAUUUGAAGUGAAGGGUCGCUUAGAAAGUGUGGAACAUGGGUUGAAUAAUAAAUAACACUUGGGAAGUGCUGUUACAGGAAAAUAAUCAACAAAAUGAUGGUAUGAUGACAUGAAGUGACCGUUACCAAUAUAACAGCACAUCCUAAAGUGAUUUAUUCUUCUUAUGCCACGGCUAAUUUGCUACAUCUUUUUUUUUUGUGUGUAAAUGAAAGUACAUGCCAU